AUGAAUGGGGAUGUGGAGAAUCAACCUUCAGAGAGUUUAGUGGUCGAGAAGACCUCAUUAGAAGAACAGAUUGAAGUAUCUGAAACAGGAAAUGAGUAUUUUUUCACGGUUUCAGACAUUCAACGUUUCAGGCAAUGGCUUACUGCCUUGAAAAUACGUUAUUGGAUAGACUUUGGGAACCAAGACGACUAUGAUGUAGCAUGGCGAAGAAUGACAAACAAAAGAGGCGAAUUAGUAGAGUUGAACAUUAAACUCUACCAAGAUAUCCAAAAACAGGUCAGAGACGCAGGCAACGACUCAGACAGCGAUGACGAUGUAUCUGACAAACAACUCAUUUUUGUUAUCUCUAUCCAUUUGUCAAAACAGAAAUUCACUAUUAAGGGAAAUCUGAAAGAAUUAUGGGAUCAAGAAUUAAAGAAAUUACAAUCCUUCGUCAACGGUGUAUGUUUGAAACCUGAAUUAAACACUGAAGAUUUAAGUUGUUUAUACAGGGAAAUUUUACUGACACGAGUGUUACUAAUCUCGACGGCGUAUCGUUAAAUGCUCUCGAUGACUCAGAUUGUGAUGAUAUUGAAGAAAACCCGACCUCUGAAUCACCAAAGAAACCCGGCCUGAAAUCUCCCAGUACCAAGUCGAAGGUCAAAAGUUUUCGACAAAUCAAAGUUAUCUCCUCACCUCGCCGCAAAUUAUACAAAAAAUCAGCGACACCUCAUAUUGAGCAAAAACAAAUUCUUGACUUUAUGGAAAAGACCAAUAGUCGAAUAAAUAAACUAGAGCAAUUCGCAUUGAAAGUGGACAAAGUUAUUGCCUCAACAGAUGUUGAUAUAAUUGAUAUCAAGAAUAAGCUAUCGAAUAUAAAGAAAGACCUGUCAGAGUCUUUAAACUCCGGAAUGAAACAUGAGCUUUCGGUUAUCAAACAGGCUCAAACCAAUGAUCGGGACGAAAUAAAUAAUCGCUUCGCCAAAACUAAUGCAGAAUUAAAACGACUUCAAGGUCGCGUUGGUUCUUUGGUCGAUGAAAAGGCAAAUCUAUUAAAGAGAAUAAAAUAUUUAGAAGAGUCUAACUCGAAGCCUCAAGAAGACAUCUCAUCAUCUGUAGAUAAUAUAUCAGAAGCUAUACCGAGAAAUGAAACGACAUGCACAGAAAGUACAUUCAUACACACAACCCAAGAAGAAAACCCCAAUAGUACUACACAAGAAAAUCUGAUUGAAGAUGGCACUAGCUUAUUAGAUGACGGACACAUACCUGUACAUACACCAGAAUAUGAUUUUGUUUUUCUUUGCGAUUCAAAUAGAAAAUUUAUCAACGCCGAUCAACUAUAUCCGAAAGGAAAGAACAAAAUUAUCGCUUGCGGUACAACUGACAAAGCCAUCGACAUAUUGACAUGGCCAAGAUUCAAUGUUAAACAUGGCAUUAUCAUUAAUACUGGUGUAAACGAUUUAGAACACUUAUCGACACAGGAAGUAACAGAGAAACAGCAAGAAAUGGUCGAAAUAGCAACUCAGAAUUUCCCGAACAAAAAGAUCGUUAUGUCGAGCAUCACACCUAGAUGUGAUCAACUCGUAAGAUCAGUGUUUGAAGUGAAUAAAGCCGUUGCUAAAAACAUUCGAAAUAUCCAAAAUGUGUUUUUGGUCGACAAUGGGAAUCUACGUUGUGAUCAGCAGUCAUUCCAUUUCGACGACAAACAUCUGAACAGGAGACACGGAAUACCUCUCUUUGCGAAGAAUCUAAAGGAUGGAAUUCGAAGAGCUUUGGGUAACCCUGUUCGUAAACCCGCUGAUCAAACCAGAACUCGGAAUUACCCCAAGGAGAAAACACAUAAUGUUCAUAAUCCAAGAAGCUAUAGUGAUGCUGUUAUAAACGGUUCACCUGCAAUCACUCCACAAACGCAGAGUAACCCAGCUUUGAGUGACGUUCAACAUCAACUCUUCGACUUAACCUCCAUGAUAAGACAAUUAGUUCAAACCAAUACCAACUUUCCAGCUCCACAACAACCUAUUCUAUGUCCCCCCUUUCCGACACCAGGUUUAGUUUAUGGAGCUCCACACUGUGUGCAUGUAAUGUAUAUGUAUGUGUGACUGUACGGGUGGUUGUCUUAAAAUGCCAGUAACCAGCAAUUUUUUAAGAUUCUGUUCUUGGAACAUUGAAGGGCUCUCACGAAAGAUAAAUGAUUCUGACUUUAUUUCCACAAUAGGCAAAUUUGACUUUGUUUCACUAGUAGAAACUUGGUUAUCUUAUGAUAACAGUGAUCUGAAUAUUGAUGGGUUUUACUCAUUCUCAAAAUGUAGAAAAAUGCCAGAUAAUGGAUUCAGAAACUCAGGCGGAAUAACAAUUUUAAUGAAGUCGUCUCUUCGUAAAGGUGUCAAAUUUCUUGACAAAGAAAGUUGCGAAGAAUUCGUUUGGUGGAAAUUAGAUAAGGUUUUUUUUAACUUAACACAUGAUUUAUUCAUUUGCUCAGUGUAUAUUUCUCCACAAAAUUCUCCUAGGGAAAAAAGAUUAAAGAUAAAUCACUAUGAAACCCUUCAAAAUGACAUAAAAUAAAUUUGCUAGCCUUGGUGAGAUAAUUUUAUGUGGUGAUUUCAAUGCAAGAUCAGGUCAUUUAGAGGAUUCUAUUAAUGAUUUUCAUCUAUAUAAUAACUCCUCUUCUCCAGUUGAUCAUCGAAACUCUCAAGACUCCCACAUAAAUGUAUAUGGAAGAUCUUUAGCUGAAUUGUGUUGUGGGAACUCAUUAAUUACUUUAAAUGGAAGGUCUAAAGGAGAUUUUGUUGGAAAAUUUACAUGUCAUACAUAUAAUGGAUCGAGUGUUGUGGAUUAUACUAUUGUAUCUCAAAAUCUUUUUUCUUCAUUGAGUCACUUCUCCGUUUCUUCCCUUACGGAAUUCUCUCACCAUUCUUUCUUAUCAUUUGCUUUAAAGGCAGAAACCCCUGAUUUAUCUGGUGAUUCUAGUAUUGAAUUAACAUCACACCCUAUAGCCUUCAAAUGUAACGAACAGUGUAGGGAAGUGUUGCUUGAUAUUUUUAACUCUGACGAAGUCAAUGAUCAUUUAGACACUUUACUCAAUCCUUCAAACGAUAAUGAUUUAGACAUCAACUCCUUAGUUAACGACUUCACAGAAAUUAUUACCAAAGCAUCUAGAAAAUGUAUCCCUCUCAAGAAACAGAAAAAAAAAUCUAGUAAAACGAGAGUAACACAAAAACAGAAAUGGUUUGAUAAUAAUUGCUACCGACUUAAAAGAGAACUACGGAAUUUAGGAAAAUUAAUAUCAACACAGCCGAAUGACCCCUUUAUAAGGCACAUGUUCUUUACUAAGAAAAAAGAAUAUAAAAAAUUAAUAAGGAAACUCAAAAGAAAGUUUCAUAGUGAGACUCUGAAUAAAAUUAAAUCCAUAGCAGAUAGCAACCCCAAAGAAUUUUGGAAUCUUGUUAACAAAAUCAAAUCGAGUCACUCCAAUUGUUCUAAUACAAUAUCGCAUGAUGAAUGGUUUCACUAUUUCCAAGACCUUAAUAAAAUUAAUUUUUCCUCGGACGAAACUCGUGUUGAGGCUCAAAUAGUAAAAGAUUUUCGUCUCUGGGCAAACACUAGCGAUGAAAUUCUUGACAAACCUAUCUCAUUACAAGAAAUUUACAACAUUUCUAGAAAACUCAAACAUAACAAGGCUAGCUCUAGCGACUUGCUAAACAACGAAAUUAUCAAAACAUCAAUCACUAGUUUAGCACCUUACUAUGUGAAACUUUUUAACACAAUUUUAUCUAGUGGUGUUUUUCCAAGAAUAUGGUCGGAAGGAUUUAUAACUCCUAUACACAAAUCAGGAAGUAAAACUGAGCCUGGAAAUUACAGAG